CGCCUCCCUUAGAGCGACAACAACAACAACAAAAAUGGGAAAGCCGGCAUUUGUAUUUACCUUUAUUUUGUAUGCGAUUUUAGCAGGUGUAAGAAGCGAGGAUGCCUUUUAUGAAGAGCUUUACAUAAAGUCUAUGGAAAAAGGGAAUGUUCUGAAUCAUUUUCAGUUCACAACUGUCUGGAAUUCUUCAAUUUCAGAUGAUGAAACAUUCCAACACUACAGAUUGUUCCCUAAGGCUUUAGGAGAUGUAUUGAGUAGAUACAAGGUUCAGGAACUUCACCUGUCACAGACACAGGGGCUGUGGAAACAUGAGCAUUGGGGUUACCCUCCAGAAGACACCCCUCCUGGUGUGGAACUGUGGGUCUGGUUUCAGCCCAAUUAUGGAAGCAUUGACCAAGUAUGGGCCGAGUUGGUGAAUGCCUUGUCAGGCCUGUUCUGUGCCUCACUGAACUUUAUGGACUCCAAGGCAACUGUUAUACCACGCUGGAGUUUCAGACCAAUGGGUCUGGCGUCAGAGUACUACAGUUUUGACUCAAGAUUCAUGCGGUACUCAGCUCUUCCUAAAGAAAUUGUCUGUACUGAGAAUCUCACGCCCUGGGAAAAACUGCUUCCCUGCGAGUCACAGGCUGGACUAGCAGGUUUGUUUAAUGCUAUGAAGCUGUAUGAUGCCAGCUUUCAUUCUCUCGGCCUUCAUGUCAGACCUGUUUGCCAGGAUAGAGACUGUAAACUAGCAGGUAUUGAAUUAAAACAGACCCUUACAGUUGUAUUCAACCCAUCAUCAUCAAAUAGAGGCUCUCUCAGUGGAUAUCAGAACUGGAGCAUAAAGUCAAUGUUUGGUCGGAGUAUACACGAAGCCUGUCCCAUGUCUAGCUUUAGCAAAGUCUAUGUCGAUACUACAUUACACAAACAGAUGCUGUUGAGCCCAGAACCAGAUGAGGUUGUUAACAUCAAGAGAGGUGGGGAAAAGCGAAUGUACAAUGUGUAUGAUGUGAAGAAACAUGCAGCAAAAGGAAAGAUCUUUAACCUGCAGGGAUCUUAUAAUGCUAAAGUGAAAUAUGGGGAGAUAAUUCCUCCACCACUGUAUGCACAGAGAUUUGUGACAGGUUAUGGUCUAGAGAAGGGUGGUAUAACAACUAUCUUACACAACAGCCUAGACACCAACCUCACUGUGAUCUACAUGGAGACUAUACCGUGGUAUCUACGUGUGUACUUCAGCUCAAUACGCAUAGAGGCAUAUAAAAUACAGACAAAGCCUUAUAAGACUCACUUCAUCCCUGGGAAAGACAGAAGUCGACCUUCCCAACUUGAACUGGUAUUUCGACUACGUCCACUGUCUGUGACCAAGAUCACUAUGGAGUUUGAGCGAGCUUUUCUCAAGUGGACAGAGUACCCUCCAGAUGCCAACCACGGGUUCUAUGUAAACUCUGCUGUUAUAUCAACAGUAUUACCAUCUGGACAACAGUAUACAGCAGUCCCUCAAAAUGCCUCAACAUUCAGAGAGAGUUUGAAGGAUGAAUCAAGUCAGUUUUUCUUGAGGAUUCAUACAGAGAGCCUACUUGUAUCGUUACCAACUCCAGACUUCAGUAUGCCAUACAACGUAAUCUGCUUGGCCUGCACCGUGGUUGCCAUAGCAUUUGGUUCCCUGCACAACCUUACAACGCGAAGAUUUGUUGUGAUGGAUCCAAACAAAAAAAUAGAUAACCCAUUGCAGAAACUGAAAAAAUUAUUUAGCAGAAAGAAAGAAAGUGAAACAAGAGAAGAAGAAAAGGAUGAUAGUGAGACAAAAGAAAACGAAGAUAAAACAAAAAAUAACAAAGAUAGUCUUAGUGAAGGGAAUGAUUCUGAAAGUGAUAAGAAAAGAGAUGGAAGUAAAAAGACUAAAGUUAAAGCUAAGGGGAAGGAUGGAGGUGGGAAAACAUGAUGAAAAUAUAAGUCUAGUCAUUUUUGUGAAUCGAAUUAAUUUUUUUCUGUGUGAGAAGAGGUACAUCUGCAUGAGUGCACCAGACUUGCAUUUAUGGAAUCUACGGCUGUUCAACAUACCUGAACAAAAUCUGUUUAUAAGUUUGUUUUUUCUUAUAGGCAAAAAAAUUACCCCCAAAUUUCAUUUUUUACAUAUUUAUACUUUUCUAAUUUACAGUUUGUUAUUGAAAAAUGAAAGGCAGGAUUUUGUCUUCUAUUAUUACAAGUUAAAAUUAGCAGGGGAUUUUGUGCUAGUGUCACAUUACAUUUUGUGUAUUUCCAUGUAAAUUAGCAAAUAAAUGGAAUUCCGCAAAGUUUCUCAUAAAAGUUAAGAUGCCGCAGUCUUGGUUGGAGAAAUUGUUACGCUGCAUCAGUUACAAGUUGAACAUGGUGAGCAUAGUGACAGAUUUUAUAGAUUUUAUUACAUUUUUCAGAUCUGACAAAAUGUAAGCACUGUGUGUAAGAUGCCUUUCCUUCAUGCAAAAAAAGGCUUUUCUGUAAUUGAAAAUUAUGCUUUAUACUUUUUCUGAAUGUGAUUGAAAAAUCAUUUUUCUUUCUUUUUUUAGAAAAUAUGUUUGAAAAAGUCAUGUUUAAUAUUUUUUCUCAAUAUGUUUGGAAGAAAACAUGUGUAUUUUUUUUUUUGGAACAUGAUAAUCAAGUUCCAUAUUUUAAUUGAAUAUAUUUAGGAAAAAAAUGUUAUAUAUAUUUUUGUUCUGAAUAUAAUUAUUUGAAAAAAAAGGUUUAAUAUUCAUAUAAAAUAUUUUUGAAAAAAUCAUAUUUGUAUCUUAUUUCAAUUGCUUUUGAAAAGUCAUGUUCUAUAUCAUUCAUGGAUAUUUUUGAAAAAUCAGGUUUUGUAUCAUUCCCUUUAUUUUAGAAAAAUAAUGAUUUGUAUCUUUUUCAGAGCCAUGGGUAUGUUACAACGCAUCUUAAUAUAUAAGUUUAUUUCAUUACAUAUGUUUAAAGCAUCAUGUUCUAUAUUGUUCCUGAAUACCACAUGUCAGUAAUAGUUUGUACACCUUGGUUCUUUCUCCACCAUUUAAAGUUGAAAUGCCCUUCUGUCUUCUAAAUUCAGCAUUUUUUUAGUGAAACUCCAAAGAUUGCAAGUUAUUUUAGUAAUGAAUAUAUUUGAUGUGAAAUUGUAGUUCUGCCUAUAUGAUGUUUUAUUUUAGUUUCGUGCCAUGUUUUGUCAGUGAAUACUAUCUGUGUGAAACCUACUCAGUUGUUAGCAUGUAAUUGGUGCAUUAUUUAAUUUUGAUUGUUACAACGAAAUCCAUCAUUCCAGUCUUGUUAUGGUAUGUUUAAGUUUACUUGUGAAUAAAGCUAGAUUCACUCUAGUAUAUACUUCCUGGUGAAACAUGGGUCACAGGUUGUAAAACUAAGAUUUAAAGGUCAUUCUUUAGAUGAAAUUUUUUAUUUAUUACAACAUUGUCAUGCCAGACAUGGUUUUUGCUCAAUUGCAUUAAGCUAUUAUUAAAAAAAUGAAGCUAAACCCAUCGACAUACAGAGAAAUAAUUCCCAACUGUACAUUCACAGGGGUGGUAUAGUACGUCAUCAACAGGUGCGCGCAACACUUCCCGAUGCGGCUUUUUUAUGUCAAAACACCUCGAUUCGGUGAGUAAACUUGCGAUUAUUUCAUUGGUAACGAAUAGAUUUGGAAAUGACAUAUAGUCUAAAGUACCCGCAUGUGUCUCUAGUUUAUCACUGACGUUUGCAUUUUGCAAGAAAGUCUUACGUUUAAGAGAACAUUCGAGCACAAUGCACUUCAUGGAAACACUUCCCCAUUCACCACACCAUAUUAUAUCUCAUAAAAAGAGUUUUCAUGCAUUUCUAAUGUCUAAAUGCCUUGACGGGUGUUCUUUUAUGACAAACAGAGGUCAGUGAUACCUUAAUUAAUUAUUGGAAUCUAUAGUUUCAAAGAAAUCAGUAAUAUAAAAUUUCGCCUUCCCGGUUCACCAGGUAAAACGAUGCACUUCCCGGCUCACCGCCCGUGUGGCAUCAUGUUUGACUUAAUUAUGUAGCCUUUCAAUUUAUUUUGACGCAUGGUACUUUGGUUGCCAUACCAGCAAAACUAGUAUUUAGCAAUGAACGUUUAUGUUAGUAAAAUUGUGCUUAAUUUACUCUCAAGGGCUAUAUUAUGACAGAUUUACUCUUUCUUUUUCAGGUCAUAACAGCAACACCUGAGAUAUUCUGUUUAAUAUCAGAAUUAAAUUAUGAAGCUAAACACUUGGGGUUCAGCAGUAUGAUAUCCGUAGACAGAUGAACAUAAACUGCAUAUAGUAAUUCAUGCAUUUCUCGGGAAUAAAAUGACACGUCAAAACAUCAGAACUGUAGAAAGAACAAUACCCGCUUGUUGUGGAUGUUUGUGAAAAAGUCAGAAAUGAAGACCACAAAACUAGUCGUUGUUUGAGGUUCACUCACUGGCAAUAUGUGCAGACACCGUUUAAAACAGCUCACUGUUACGUGUGACCACUACCGUACAAUAUUUAGCCAUGAACAGCUUUUGUAGACGAAAUUUAAUGUGAUUUUGUGUGACUUCGCAUGAAACUUUGUUUGAAAUGUAGUCGACACUAAUGCUCAUAACGGGUAAAACACAACAAUGUAAAUAUUCUUGUUAUCUCCAUGUUUCGGUCAAUAAACGUUUACAGAUUUUACUACAUUGCCACUUUAUCAAUUUUUGUGUAUUUUAAUGAAAUUUCUGGUGUCAAGAGUUAUUACAUUCUGAUUUUUGUUGAUUUUGAAGUUUAGGCAGUGCAUCUCCACUUCAUGUCUUUCUGUCGUGUCUGAAUAUUUCCAGUUGUUGAGAAUAUAUGACAUAGAGAUGUACACUACUUCUUGAUCGAAGAAAAUUAAAGCAUACAAUGUGGAAAGAAUUUGUCAGAUAUGCGAUCUUAAUGAAACUUAAGGUGAAUUUCAUUUUUUUAAAUGUUGAGUUAUAAAGAAUUACGUCCAAAGUUAAUGAAACGUUAUCCUUGUACUCGUAUAAGUGUGUAUAAAAUUUAGAAUUGCUACAAUCAAGUAAUAAAUCUACUUUCGUUGAUUUGUGUAAAUAUAUAACAUUAGCUGAUAAAAAGAAAGAUGUUGCUAUUUCUUGAAAGUGUAUGUGCGUAUGUUUAUGUCACAACGGCUUCCACGGUGUAAGGGUUUAAAUAAAAAAAUCAGUAAAAUUUCUUAUUUUAAAUAAUAUUUUAUACAACAACAUUUUCAACAACUAAACAGUUUAAGAAAAGCAAAAUAAUUUACAUUGCAAGUAAAAUUGUUCUACCACUGUUCAAGCUCACUUAUAGUUUUAACAUGUAAUUGGGUGCACUAAGAUUUGCAAGCAAAAUCUGAACAUUAGUCAAAUGUUAAAUCCUGAACCGCUUUCUAUUGUAGAUUCAAUCGAUGUCCCAUUCCACUAUGUGGUAAUUAUAAUUCGGUUGCAGUCACUCUUGGUCUUUCCCUGCGCACAUCUAAAACUCCUUAAUAAGAACAUUUCGUUGGCGCGAUACAGUAAUUUCUCAUUUUUCCUGAGCAGCUGUGAUGAUCACGUGGCCCUGAAACGUUAAACAAAAUUAAAUAGUAGCAUAUCAUUAAAAACUAAACUGCGUUGGUGCGACUUUAUACCUUUAAAAAUAUAUUAAAAGGUUGUUCCUUUAAAAAACGGCACAUGAUAAUAAUUUAACUAUAUAAUUUUGCUUUACUUAGCAUAUUAUCAAUGCAUAUUCUUAUUUGUCUCAUUGAGUCUUGCCUUGAACUCAAGUUCGGAAUCAAAGCCAUCAUACUCGACUAUUUUCGAUAACACGCCAUAUAUAGUUAUCAUGAAAAAAAUAAUUAGAGUAACAAGUUAACUAAUGGAUUCCAAAAUACUUUUUAUUUAUUAUUAUGUGUCGAAGUGCCUAUCUAACUAUACCCCUUAUUAAGGUUUAUCUACUGUAACAUUAUUGAAAUUAAAUUAAAUUAUUCAUAUCCAUACCUUCAAACAGCAACCGACAUAGUCGUGACAAAGUUUGGUACGGAGACCUAGUUGAGCGUUGAAAUCCUUGCCUGGGGUAAUUCCGUUAGAGGGUGUUCUCUAAAAUAUUAUGUCGUACAGCUUUUGGAAAAUAUAAUACGUCAAUUAUGUCUUGCAUGCCGAUUACUCAGCAAUCCUUUUAAACAUAUAUUGACAAUUCCGUUGAUGCAGACUAGAAGUUUUGUUUCCUUUUUUCAUCUUUCAUGUACCUAAAAUAACAAAUAUAAGGACAUGAUAGAACAUAAUUAUAUCAUACAUAUGCACGUCUGUAGUAUACAACAUAUGUUCAAGAUAUGCCUCGUUCUUUCAAUAUAAUCUUCAAAUGCUCAAAUGAAGUUUACGGACCAUCUAGUGCAAGCACUCUAACAAUAACAGAACUUCCAGGCAAGCCUGAUCACAUUUGCAUGAGCACCAGUCCGAUGUUAGUCAUGCUGGAAAUUGGUGAGCCGGGAAGGACAUCAAUUCAGCUGGUGAACCGGGAAGGCGAAAUUUUAGUUUACUGAUUUUUCGGAAAGUUUAGAUUCCAAUGACUAAUCAAGGUAUCACUGACAUCUGUUUACUAUAAAAGAACACCUGUCAAUGCUUGGAUUUAUCAGAAAUGCAUGUUAACUCUUGUUAUGCAACAUAAUAUGGUGUAGUGAAUAGGGAAGUGUUUCCACGAAGUGCAUUGUGCACUAAUGUUCUCUUAAACGGAAGGCUUUCUUGAAAAAUGCAAACGUAAAUGAUAAACUAGACGCAUGUGCGGGUACUUUCGACUUUAUGUCAUUUCCGAAUCUAUUAGUUAUCAAUAUAAUAAUCGCAAGUUUACUCACCGAAUCGAGAUGUUUUGACACAAAAAAGCCGCAUCGGGAAGUGUUGCGCGCACCUGUUGAUGACGUACUAUACCACCCCUGAUUCACCAGUCUAACAUGACUCAGUUUGUCUGUCAUUUAAACAAAGAUGGAAGUCAAGCAUUGUAUAUUCUGCGAUAAACAACUGUUGAGACACAGAGCAAUAAGAGAACGUUAUAUUGUCAAAUAGCGACAUGAAGACCACUAUUACUACUAGUAUUUAUAUUGUUCAGCAUACCUUUUUCUGUGUUUUAAAAUGAGAAUGUUAGACUGAAAAUGCAGAAAGCAUUCUUGUUGUUUAUCGUUUGAUUUACCAUGAUCCAGUCGUUAAAGACGGGCUAAUGCUGUUGUGGUUCAAUUUCCUGCCCAUUUGAACUCUGAACCACAGCAAAUCAGGUGAUAACAAUGCUAAGGCCUUGAUUAUUUGUAAAAUAAACAAUGGUGACUUUCAAAAAUACCAAUAAGCAUUUGCAAAGAUUAUGCAAAGUUAACAUGAUCACCUUUACUGAAGAGAUAUCGUAAUUAUGAUACCUCUUGAAAUCUCGCCUUCAUUGAUCAUUUGCAAGACAUUUAGUACAAGAUACAUAGGCAGUUGUAAAUCUAUUCUGUCUAAGUCCUUCAUAUAAGUAAUUAGACAGACUCUUUCAUUGUACACAACUCAAGAUACAUGUAAUUUCUGUUUAAAGUGUGUUGUUUCAUAUCGUAAUUUGUUCAAUAUUUUGUUAUAUUUUGUAUUUUUGUCACAAUGAUUAUAAAUAAACCACAAAAAAACA